CCGCUGCGGCGCCUCCUCGGAGAGCCCGGGUCAGCUGCCCCUGCGGCCGCGGCUGGUCCCAAACUCACUGAAUCGGGAACUCUGGUCUGGGUCCAGAAAUCGGAGUGAUUCUGAUGCAGGCGAGAGUUGGAGAACGAAUGUCGUAGUUCAUCAGCCUCCGAAAGCAUCCUUUGCUCUCUUUCCAGAAAGGAAGAGCAUCUCUGCCAUUCGGGUCUCAAGGACAAGCGCCUCAGCCUCGUUCUCUGUGAGCUGAUCUGUGGAUCGCGGCGAGUCGGGGGACAUGGAGAAAGAAAGAACAACUGUUGAAUUACAGAAAAAUAGCAUACAGGACUCAGUGGUCUUUGAGGAUGUGGCUGUGGACUUUACCCAGGAAGAAUGGGCUUUGCUGGAUCUUGCUCAGAGGAACCUCUACAGAGAGGUGAUGCUGGAAAACUUCCAGAACCUGGCCUCACUAGGGUAUCUGCUACACACACCCCAUCUGAUCUGCCAGUGGGAACGAGAGGAGGACCUGCAGACAGUGAAGAGAGAACUUAUCCAGGUCAUCUUUAUGGGAGAGCACCAGGAAGGUUUUGAGACUCAACUUAAAACUAAUGAAUCAGUUGCUCCACAAGAUAUUUGUGGAGAAAAAAUAUCCAAUGAACAAAAAAUAGUAAGAUUCAAAAGGAAUGAUUCCUGGUUCUCCAGUUUACAUGAAAACCAGGAGUCCUGUGGUAUUGAUGAUCAGAACAAAAGCCAUGAGAGACAUUUGAGAAAUCAUAUGGUAGAGAAUAUCUAUGAAUGUUGUGAAGAAAAUCAAGAUGGACAGACUUUCAGCCAAGUUCCAAAUCUUGAUUCACUCAAGAGAAACACUGAAGUAAAAUCCUAUGAAUGCCAUGAGUGUGGAAAGGCCUUCGUGGAUCAUUCAUCCCUUAAGAAUCACAUCAAGUCUCAUACUGGAAGCAAACCCUAUCAGUGCAAGGAAUGUGGGAAGGCCUUCCAUUUUCUUGCUUGUUUCAAGAAGCAUAUGAAAACCCCCACUGAAGAGAAGCCCUACGAAUGUAAGGAAUGUACCAAGGCCUUCAGUUGUUCCUCAUUCUUUAGGGCACAUAUGAAGAUUCACGUCGGAAAGACAAACUAUGAAUGUAAGGAAUGUGGGAAAGCUUUUAGUUGUUCCUCAUCGCUCACAGAACACAAAAGAAUUCAUAGUGGAGAUAAGCCUUAUGAAUGUAGGGAAUGUGGGAAGGCCUUCAGUUGUUCCUCCUCACUCUCCAAACACAAAAGAAUUCACAGCGGAGAUAAGCCAUAUGAAUGUAAAGAAUGUGGGAAGGCCUUUAGCUCUUCCUCUCACCUUAUAAUACAUAUAAGAAUUCACACUGGAGAGAAGCCUUAUGAAUGUAAAGAGUGUGGGAAGGCCUUCAGCGAGUCCUCAAAACUCACUGUACAUGUGAGGACACACACUGGAGAGAAACCCUACAAAUGUAAGGAAUGUGGGAAAGCCUACAAUUGCCCCUCCUCCUUAAGUAUCCAUAUAAGAAAACACACUGGAGAAAAACCCUAUGAAUGUCUGGAAUGUGGAAAGGCCUUCUACCUCCCCACUUCCCUUAAUACACAUGUGAAAAAUCAAAGUCGAGAGAAACCCUAUGAAUGUAAGGAAUGUGGGAAGGCCUUUAGUUGUCCCUCGUCCUUUAGAGCACAUGUGAGAGACCACACUGGAAAGAUACAGUAUGAAUGUAAGGAGUGUGGGAAGACCUUUAGUCGUUCCUCGUCCCUCACCGAACACCUAAGAACUCACAGUGGAGAGAAGCCGUAUGAAUGUAAGGAAUGUGGGAAAGCCUUUAUUAGUUCCUCCCACCUUACAGUACAUAUCAGAACUCACACUGGAGAGAAACCCUAUGAAUGUAAGAAAUGUGGGAAAGCCUUUAUUUAUCCCUCAGCCCUUAGGAUCCACAUGAGAACGCACACUGGGGAAAAACCCUAUGAAUGUAAGGAAUGCGGGAAAGCAUUUCGUCAUUCUUCAUACCUUACUGUACAUGCAAGAAUGCACACUGGAGAGAAACCCUUUGAAUGUCUGGAAUGUGGAAAGGCCUUCAGUUGUCCCUCAUCCUUUCGAAGGCAUGUGAGAAGCCACACUGGAGAGAAGCCCUAUGAAUGUAAAGAAUGUGGGAAAGCCUUUGUUUGUCCUGCCUACUUUCGAAGACAUGUGAAAACUCACACUAGAGAAAACAUAUAAAUGUAAGGAAUAUGGGAAUGUCUGCAAAGCUUCAGAUCCUAGGCAACUUGUGAGAUCUCAUACUGUGGAGACACCAUAUGAAUGUAAGAAAGUAGGAAAUUGUUGCUCAUCGUUUUGAAGAUUUGAGGACACUUCAGAGAAACCCUGUGUAUGUAAAUCAUGU